GCUCCAUUUUUGAAAAUGUAUUUCAUCACCUUUGGGGUUGUGGGUGAGAGAUUUCCUCCUCCUCUGUAUUCCCGGGAUUCCAUACAGGAGGAUCACACCAUCCCUCACCAUCAUCAGAGUGAAGAAGUGAAAGACAUCAAAGAGGAAGAAGAAGAGAGGUUGGUGAGUGGAGAUCAGCAGUCUAUGGAGGAGGGUUGUCUUCUUGAUUCCCACAGAUCUACACAGGAAGAUCUCCAAUAUACAGAGAAUGGGAGAUCAGGAGAUCAGAAUGAAGAACAGAAAGACAUCAAAGUUGAGCGUAAAGAGGAAGAAGAAGAGAGGUUGGUGAGUGGAGAUCAGCAGUCUGUGGAGGAGGGUUGUCCUCUGGAUUCCGGGGAUUCCACCCAGGAAGAUCACAGUUAUAAAGAUAAUGAUCGGGAUGAAGAUUUUAAAGACAAAGUUGAAGUUAAAGAGGAAGAAGAAAAGAGGUUGGUGAGUGGAGAUCAGCAGUCUAUGGAGGAGGGUUGUCCUCUGGAUUCCAAGGAUGCCACCCAGGAAGAUCACACCUAUAAAGAGAAUAAUCUGAAUGAAGAACGGAAAGACAUCAAAGCUGAGUAUAAAGAGGAAGAAGAAGAGAGGUUGGUGAGUGGAGAUCAGCAGUCUAUGGAGGAGAGAGGUCCUCUGUAUUCCCGGGAUUUUCCCAAGAAAACCCCCAGUUAUAAAGAGAAUGAUCAGGGUGAAGAACGGAAAGACAUUAAAGUUGAGUAUAAAGAGGAAGAAGAGAGGUUGGUGAGUGGAGAUCAGCAGUCUAUGGAGGAGGGGGAGACGAUUAUGAAAAGUAAACCAGUGGAAUCUUCUCUACUUCUCAACACAAAUGGACUCUAUCUAUGGAAGUCUACUGAGGGACGUCUUGUUGUAUCUCAAGGUUAUGUUGCAGAAGAUAAUGGAAUUGUACGAUAUUUUGUAGGAGUAAAUCCCGUUACUCCAACCAUCCAUCACAUACCUUCCCAUCCAGACCGAUCGAUCCAUCCCUCGAAUUGUGAGGAACCUCCACAUACAUCCAAUGGUGAUAGUCAGGAUGUCCAUCUAAGACCUCACAGUGUGCCGACACCAACAGAUCCAGGAGUGGACCCGUUAUCAUGUUCCGAGUGCGGGAAAAUCUUCAUUUACAGAAGACACCUUCUUCUACACCAGAAACUUCACGUGGGCGAUCGUUAUUCAUGUUCAGAGUGCGGAAGAUGUUUUACUGAGCAAAAACUGCUCCUCAGGCACCAGAAAAUUCAUACAGGGGAGCGUCCUUUUUCAUGUUCAGAGUGCGGAAAAUCUUUCAUUCUGAAUAACGCACUGGUUCGACACCAGAGAAUUCAUACAGGGGAGCGUCCGUUCUCAUGUUCAGAGUGCGGAAAAUGUUUUACUGAGCAAAAACUGCUCUUCAAGCACCAGAGAAUUCAUACAGGGGAGCGCCCUUUUUCAUGUUCAGAAUGCGGGAAAUGUUUUACUGAGAAAAAACUGCUCCUCAGGCACCAGAAAAUUCAUACUGGGGAGCGUCCUUUUUCAUGUUCAGAAUGCGGGAAAUGUUUCAUUUUUAAAAACGCACUGGUUAGACAUCAGAGAAUUCACAGUGGGGAGCGUCCGUUCUCGUGUUCAUUUUGUGUGAAAUCUUUCAUUAAAAGAGGAAACCUUCUUAAACACCAGAGAAUUCACACGGGGGAGCAUCAUUAUUCGUGUCCAGAGUGCGGGAAAGCUUUCUUUGAGAAGAGAAAACUUGUUAUACACCAGAGAAGGCACAGGGGGGAGCGUCCGUUCUCAUGUUCAGAGUGCGGGAAAUGCUUUACUGAGGAAAAAUUGCUCCUCAGUCACCAGAAAAAUCAUACAGCGGAGCGUCCUUUUUCAUGUUCAGAGUGCGGGAAAUGUUUCAUUCUGAAAAACACACUGGUUAGACACCAGAGAAUUCACAGUGGGGAGCGUCCAUUCUCGUGUUCACUUUGUGGGAAAUCUUUCACUCAAAGAGGAGACCUUCUUAAACACCAGAGAAUUCACACGGGGGAGCGUCCAUUCUCAUGUCCAGAGUGCGGGAAAGCUUUCAUUGAGAAAGGAAAACUUGUUAUACACCAGAGAAGGCACAGGGGGGAGCGUCCAUUCUCAUGUUCAGAGUGUGGGAAAUGUUAUACUGAGAAAGCAAAACUUCGAGCACAUCAGAGAAUUCACACGGGCGAGAGUCCUCAUUUAUGUUCAGAGUGCGGAAAAUGUUUCAUUCAGAAAGCAGACCUUCUUAAACACCAGAGAAUUCACACUGGCGAGCGCCCUUUCUCUUGUUCAGAGUGCGGGAAGUGCUUUACUGAGAAAGGCACACUUCUUACGCACCAAAGAAUUCACACAGGAGAGCUCCCUUUCCUAUGUUCAGAGUGUGGGAAAUGUUUUCGUCACAGGAAAGCACUUAUUAGGCACCAGAGAAUUCACACUGGUGAAUUGCCUUUUUCAUGUUCAGAGUGCGAGAAAUGUUACACGGAGAAGACAAAACUUCUUGCACACAGAAAAAUUCACACGGGUGAAAGUCCGUAUUUAUGUUCAGAGUGCGGAAAAUGUUUCAUUCAGAAAUCAGACCUUCUUAAACAAAAAAAAAAUUCAAGUUCAAUGGGUGAAGAACUGAAAGAUAUUAAAGUUGAGGUUAAAGAGGAAGAAGAAGAGAGGUUGGUGAGUGGAGAUCAGCAGUCUAUGGAGGAGGGUUGUCCUCUGGAUUCCCACAAUUCUACACAGGAAGAUCUCCAAUAUACAGAGAAUGGGAGAUCAGGAGAUCAGGAUGAAGAACGGAAAGAUAUCAAAGUUGAGCAUAAAGAGGAAGAAGAAGAAGAGAGGUUGGUGAGUGGAGAUCAGAAGUCUAUGGAGGAGGGGGAGAUGAUUAUGAAAAGUAAACCGGAAAAAUCUUCUCUACUUCUCAGCGCAAAUGGACUCUAUCUUUGGAAGUCUACUGAGGGACGUCUUGCUGUAUCUCAAGGUUAUGUUGCAGAAGAUAAUGGAAUUGUACGAUAUUUUGUAGAUGCAAAUCCCUCUAAUUGUGAGGAACCUCCACAUACAUCCAAUGGUGAUAGUCGGGGUGUCCAUCUAAGACCUCACAGUGUGCCGACACCAACAGAUCCAGCAGUGGAUCCGUUAACGUGCCCCGAGUGCGGGAAAAUCUUCAUUUACAGAAGACACCUUCUUCGACACCAGAAACUUCACACGAGCCAUCGUUAUUCAUGUUCAGAGUGCGGAAAAUGUUUUACUGAGCAAAAUCUGCUCCUCGUGCACCAGAAAAUUCAUACAGAGGAGAGUCCUUUUUCAUGUUCAGAGUGUGGAAAAGCUUUCAUUCUGAAAAACGCACUGGUUAGACACCAGAGAAUUCACAUUGGUCAGCGUCCGUUCUCGUGUUCAGAGUGCGGGAAAGCUUUCCUUGAGAAGGGAAAACUUGAUAUACACCAGAGACUUCACAGGGGGGAGCGUCCAUUCUCGUGUUCACAGUGUGGGAAAUCUUUCAUUCAAAAUAGAGACCUUAUUAAACACCAGAGAGUUCACAAGGGGGAGCGUCCUCAUUUAUGUUCAGAGUGUGGGAAAUGUUUCACUCAGAAAUCAGACCUUCUUAAACAUCAGAGAAUUCACACGGGCGAUAAUCCUCAUUUAUGUUCAGAGUGUGGGAAACGUUUCAUUCAGAAAUGGGAUCUUCUAACACACCAGAGAAUUCACACGGGUGAGCGUCCGUUCUCGUGUUCAGAGUGUGGGAAAGGUUUCAUUUUGAAAAACAGACUGGUUAGACACCAGAGAAUUCACACGGGGGAGCGUCCUUAUUCGUGUCCAGAGUGCGGGAAAGCUUUCAUUGACAAAGGAAAACUUGUUAUUCACCAGAGAAUUCACACAGGGGAGCGUCCGUUCUCGUGUUCCGAGUGUGGGAAAUCUUUCAUUGAAAAAAGAGACCUUCUUAAACACCAGAGAAUUCACACGGGGGAGCGUCCUUAUUCGUGUCCAGAGUGCGGGAAAUGUUUUCGUUACAAGAAAGCACUUAUUAGGCACCAGAGAAUUCACACUGGGGAAUAGCCUUUUUCAUGGGCAUCACCCAUCACAGUGCCUCCACCUCAUUGCCUGAAAGAAAACUGUGAAAAGAAAGUUCUAGAAGUCAUCAACAAGAUCAUUGAUCUGCUGACAGGAGAGGAAGAAGAAGAGAGGUUGGUGAGUGGAGAUCAGCAGUCUAUGGAGGAGGGUUGUCCUCUGGAUUCCCAGAAGUCUACACAGGAAGAUCUCCAAUAUACAGAGAAUGGGAGAUCAGGAGAUCAGCCGUCUAUGGAGGAGGGGGAGAUGAUUAUGAAAAGUAAACAGGAAAAAUCUUCUCUACUUCUCAACGCAAAUGGACUCUAUCUAUGGAAGUCUACUGAGGGAAAUCUUGCUGUAUCUCAAGGUUAUGUUGCAGAAGAUAAUGGAAUUGUACGAUAUUUUGUAGGAGUAAAUCCCCCUAAUUCUGAGGAACCUCCACAUACAUCCAAUGGUGAUAGUCAGGAUGUCCAUCUAAGACCUCACAGUGUGCCGACAUCAACAGAUCAAGAAGUGGAUCCGUUAACGUGCUCCGAGUGCGGGAAAAUCUUCAUUUACAGAAGACACCUUCUUCGACACCAGAAACUUCACGCGAGCGAUCGUUAUUCAUGUUCAGAGUGCGGAAAAUGUUUUACUGAGCAAAAUCUGCUCCUCGUGCACCAGAAAAUUCAUACAGGGGAGCGUCCUUUUUCAUGUUCAGAGUGCGGAAAAGCUUUCAUUCUGAAAAACGCACUGGUUAAACACCAGAGAAUUCACAUUGGUCAGCGUCCUUAUCCGUGUUCAGAGUGCGAGAAAGCUUUCAUUGAGAAAGGACAACUUGUUAUACACCAUAGAAUUCACACGGGUGAGCGUCCGUUCUCGUGUUCAGAGUGUGGGAAAUCUUUCUUUCAAAAUAAAGACCUUCUUACACACCAGAGAAUUCACACGGGUGAGCGUCCGUUCUCGUGUUCAGAGUGUGGGAAAUGUUUCAUUAUGAAAAACGGACUGGUUAGACACCAGAGAAUUCACACGGGGGAGUGUCCUUAUUCGUGUUCAGAGUGCGGGAAAGCUUUCAUUGAGAAAGGACAACUUGUUAUACACCAGAGAAUUCACACGGGGGAGCGUCCCUAUUCGUGUUCAGAGUGCGGGAAAGCUUUCAUUGAAAAAGGAGAUCUCCUUAAACACCAGAGAAUUCACACGGGUGAGCGUCCGUUCUCGUGUUCAGAGUGUGGGAAAUCUUUCAUUCAAAAUAAAGACCUUCUUACACACCAGAGAAUUCACACGGGUGAGCGUCCGUUCUCGUGUUCAGAGUGUGGGAAAGGUUUCAUUAUGAAAAACGGACUGGUUAGACACCAGAGAAUUCACACGGGGGAGUGUCCUUAUUCGUGUUCAGAGUGCGGGAAAGCUUUCAUUGAAAAAGGAGAUCUCCUUAAACACCAGAGAAUUCACACGGGGGAGCGUCCUUAUUCGUGUCCAGAAUGCGGGAAAUGUUUCCGUUACAAGAAAGCACUUAUUAGGCACCAGAGAAUUCACACUGGUGAAUAGCCUUUUUCAUGUUGAGUGUGGGAAGUGUUUCGCUGAGAAAAAAAAAAACUUCUCGCACACCAGAGAAAACAAAGCGGCGAGCGUCUUUUCUCAUGUUCAGAGUGCGAGAAAUGUUACACGGAGAAGACAAAACUUCUUGCACACCAGAAAAAUUCACACAGGUGAAAGUCCUCAUUUAUGUUCAGAGUGCAGGCAACAUUUCAUUCAGAAAUCAGACCUUCUUAAACAGCAGAGAAUUCACACGGGCGAGCGCCUUUUCUUAUGUUCAGAGUGCGGGAAAUGUUUCAUUCGCAAGGAAGCACUUACUACACACCAGAAAAUUCACACCGGGGAGCAUUCUUUUUCAUGUUCAGAGUGCGGGAAAUGUUACACUGAGGAAAGAGAUCUUAUUACACACCGGAGGAGUCAUACCACCGAGGGUCAGAUUGGCUCCUAGUGAGGAAAUCUUAGUAUAACCACAUGAAGAUAUAAUAAAUAUAAAACUGUACGGAGGCUUUUAAAGUGUAUAUUUGAAAAAAAUAAAAAUAUACAUUUCUCCAGCA